AUGGACGAUGAGAGCCGGCCCUUAACGGCAUUCAUCACACCCUGGGGCCUUUUUGAGUGGACUCGAAUACCGUUUGGGUUAAGUUCUUCCCCUGCAGAAUUUCAGAGAGCCAUGGAGGAAUGCCUAGAGGGGCUGAGAGACGAUGUCUGUCUACCCUAUUUAGAUGACAACCUAGUCCAUAGUCACUCCUUUGAUGAACACUUGAACCACAUUCGUCUGGUAUUGCUAAGCUAUCAGAAGUACGGCAUCAAACUCACCGCCAAGAAAUGUGAAAUGCUCAAAAGGAGUGUUCGGUUUCUAGGCAGGAUAGUGUCAGAGCAGGGCUACACCAUGGAUCCAGCAGACAUUGAGCCAGUGCUGGCUUUGAAAGAGCGGAGACCCACUAACGUGGAAGAGCUGAGGAGAUUACUGGGCUUCCUGUCAUACUACAGACCAUACAUACAGAACUUCUCACGCUGUGCCAAAGCUCUGUAUAGUCUGUUGUGUCAACUAAGUGAGGUGAGUCUGAAGACACAAGAAGUAGCUCCAAAGGGGGUGAAAAGAAGGGUACAGCAUGUAAAGAAGGGUACAACAAAGAAACGCCACAACCAGCUGCCCAGUAGUACCCACAUAUGCUGGACAGAAGAACAUCAGCAGGUGUUGGAGGAAUUAAUUGACUGUUUGACCAAUCCUCCAGUGUUAGGGUACCCUGAUCUCACCCAACCAUUUAUACUGCACUGUGAAGCUUCUCAGGAAGGUUUAGGGGUGGUCUUGUACCAGCGACAGAGUGGUAACAUGGUGGUGAUUGGCUACGGGUCAAGAACAUUAAGUCCAACGGAGAAGAAUUAUCACCUGCAUUCAAGAAAAUUGGAAUUUCUGGCGCUGAAGUGGGCAGUAUGUGCACAGAGCUGCACAGAGACACAGAUUCAUCCAAUGGAUGUUCACAUGGCAGUUUUCCAUUGUGCCAAUGACUUCUUGCGACAGUACAUUGUCAAAAAGCUCUCUACUUGCCAAUUUGCAAUUUCCUUCCUAGUACAUGACCCCUGUCCGGAGGAGGUUGAAUGCCCCUUCUGGAUCCUGCAAUACAUCAGUAAAUCAUGGCAAAGUAACACAAAUUCUACAGCUGACAGUCCUAGAAAGUACAAGAGCAGAAAAAUGUCCUGCACACCAGUCCCAGUUGUUUCCUUUAUUAGACUAGGUGAGUCCAAUUACAACUUCAAGUCCCAAAUAUUGAAUGGUGUCAUUAGCAAACAGAGGCACAGUGUAUUUCUUCACCGCCACUGCAGGAGGAGCACCAAAGACAGUUUGCUCAUGAAUGGAGUUGUGGAGAUUGCAUGGUACUGUCCAGGAGGGAAGGAAGAUGACAUAUUCGAUGGCUGUGUGGCCUUUCUGAACCUUCAUGGUGAUGCAGGAAAGCAUCAAAAACAGCUUGAGUUUCUUCAGGCAGUAAGUACUGUCAAUGUGCUUCUACUUUCAGAGCAUCCUUUGGAUGAAGCCGAAAAAGCGAUUUCCCAGAAACUCUCUAAGUCUCCAGUCCCCUUGAUAUGCAUGUUCUCAGGGAAAGAACUCAUUCAGCAGUCAAAAAAUCCUACCAAAGUUAGGCUAGCUGCAAAGAACAGAAAUCAUGCUGAAUUUACAGAAGAACUGAUUUUAAGUAUCAGACAGUGCAUUGGUGAAAAUAAACAGACAACAAGCAUUGACAUGUGCCGUCAAGUUGCAAUUCAGCAACAGUUCAAAGUGAAUGAAAUUCACAAAACAUAUCAAGAAGGUUAUGAACAGGCUCAGACAUUAAUUAGUCUUUUGAAGGAGGAAAACUCAUUCACUCUGAAAGAGAAGCUUUCACCCCUUCAGGGUGAUUUGUGGCAUGAAUGGUGUAGGAAAAACAAAGAGCAGUAUCGCUUGCAGUGCAAAGAAAAAGGAAAGCGUUGAACAGCAGCUGAGUGAAAUCUCAGCUAAGAUGGAAGCAAUCAGACAGAGACAGCUAUAUAAGGCCACACCUCUCAAUGACUUUGUAAGAUCAUUCAUAGAUUGCUUAAAUACACCUAAUACUUCCCAAGACACAAAACUGUACACAUUGAAGUGGCUCACAAUCUUCCUGGAUGACCUUACCACU